GUCAGUCCAGCACUCGAACCCAGGUUUAAGUGAGGUCAGGGUUGCUGCUGGGAGUCCUGAAGAGAGAGGGAGAGAGCAAGAGGUGGGUACUCAAUCAUCCAUGGUGCAGUGUGAGAGUGUGUGUGAAGCCGCUCGGGUCUAGUAGAUGUAUCUGAAUCGGGGUGAUCCCUCCUCUCCUCCCUCUCUCAGAUCACUCCUCUGAAGCGCGGACAGUCGCCCACAGUAACCGGCUCUAUAGCAGCCGCCUCGGGCUUAUCUCAUUCCGGCGAUCGCCCCCGGUGCCGACCCGUACCCUCUCUCCCCCCCUAUCAUCUGAAUCACACAUACAAGAGAGAGAGGGAGAGAGAUGCGGUCGUGUUUCACUUUCUUUGCUUCCAAGGACCCGUAUCUCCCACAUCUUUUUUCUCUCUCCCGGAUCUUUGUCUCUGGACGGCGAGCUGCGGCUGCUGACCACAGACUGAUGCUGAAAUCCCCACAUUCAUGAGAAGGCUAAAGGAAGCAGAUUACUGAGGGAUUAAACGCAUGCACACGUAUGCACAUGCACAGGCAGGGAGUACCACACUUCCAGGAUUUGACUGCUGUCCAACUGUGGAUUCACUCACGCUGAAUGAACUUGUCUGACUGACUGAUUGACUGACUCUCUGUGGUAUCAUGGAAGAAGAGGAGGAGCCGACAGAGUCUCACUGAAUGUAACUCACAUAAACCCACCUCCUUUCCUCCUGCUUCACUAUCCAAAGCUUUGACUGGUCUAUGAGGAUUACGGACUUAUAACGAACACAGCGGAGCAUGCAGAAAGAGAGGAGCGCGGAGCUGACCGUCCGCCUGCUGCUGCUGUCCCAUGAUGCAUCUACACAUGUUGUGUUCAGGAGAACAUGAACAACAGUUGGGUGAUUUGAUCUGAAUCUACCCACACAGUACCAGAAGAGGAGGUGAAGAUGAUGCACAAAGACAUUUCUACUUUUAUAACCUGCUGAAUGUGGUUUUUAUCUACAUUGGAACGGACAUCUAAGAUGCACCAGCCACCUGGAGAAAGAUUAGGCCUCUAGUUAAGGUUCUUGACUCACCAGCAAGAUGUAACAUUAUGUGCAUUAGACAAUAUCAAAGCACCUUUAAUCUAUCCUGAGGUACCUGGAAUCUCUCUCAUCUGUCCUUAACACUUCCAAACCGAGCUAUCAUGGCCAGACAAGACACUCCUCUCUUCCUCCAUGGCUUCGAUCUGGGCGGCCACUUUGCUGACCUCCGGCCUCUUGGUGCGGGUGUUACAGGCCUAGUCCUGUCAGCUGUGGACCAGCGCACAGGACAGCGAGUGGCAAUUAAAAAGCUGGUGAUGCGUGACACUGUGACUGUGAAACACGCUCUGCGGGAGGUCAAGAUAACACGACGGCUGCAUCAUGAAAACGUGGUGAGGGUUCAUGAGGUUUUGGCACCGUACGGACGACCGCUGCCCAGAGACCCGACCCAGCUGAGUGCCCUAUACAUCGUCCAGGAGUGCAUGGAGACCGAUCUGGCUCGGCUGCUGGAACAAGGACCACUACACACAGGUCAUGCUACUCUGCUGUUCUACCAGCUGCUGAGGGGACUAAAGUUCAUCCACUCUGCUAACGUCCUGCACAGAGAUCUGAAGCCUGCCAACAUAUUCAUCAACACGGACCAACUGCUGCUCAAGAUUGGAGACUUCGGGCUGGCUAGGAUAGUAGACCCUCACUAUUCUCAUAAGGGCUAUCUGUCAGAGGGUCUGGUAACUAAGUGGUAUUGUUCCCCACGUCUGCUCCUGUCCCCCAACAACUAUACCAAGGCCAUAGACAUGUGGGCCGCUGGCUGUAUACUGGCUGAGAUGCUCACUGGACGCAUGCUGUUUGCAGGAGCUCAUGAGCUGGAGCAGAUGCAGCUGAUUCUCAACACGGUGCCAGUGCUGAGAGAGGAGGACAGGCAGGACCUGCUACAGGUGAUGCCUUCAUAUGUCAGUCAUGGAUGGAGAGUCAAGAAACCGUUCUCUGAAUUGCUGCCUGAAAUGGAUUCUCAGGCUGUGGACUUCCUUGAGCGUAUCUUGACCUUUAACCCCAUGGAUCGGCUGACAGCUGAAGCAGCGCUGUCCCAUCCUUUCCUCCAGCAGUACUCCUGUCCAGAGGAUGAACCCACCUCGUUGCAUCCGUUCCGCAUCGAGGACGAACUAGAGGACAGCCUGAUCACCGAGCAGAGCCUCAGCAACAGCAACAGUCAAGCCUCCAGCAUCCACUGGGAGAGGUACGAGAACAGUAUAUCAACAGAUGUGUCCUGGCAGCAGUCAGCUGGGAUGUGUCGCUGCAUGCCAUCAGGCUACAAUACCUCUGAUCUGGAAGACGCUACAGAGGACGAGGAGGUGCAGAGAGACCCCCGAGCCAGUUCCACCUCACUGUUAGAGGAGGCCCAGGUCGACCCACGAAAAUAUUCCCACAGUAGCUCAGCUGAACGUUUCCUGGAAAACUCCCCUUCCUCUCUGGAACGGGUCUGUGGUUUGGCGUAUGGCGAACUGGACUGUGGCCGCUCCUGUGACUACAAAGUAGGCUCUCCUUCAUAUCUGGAUAAAAUUGCCUGGAGAGAGGGCAAGCCUCAACACUACUCAGAGCCUAAGCUGAUCCUGGAUUUGUCUCAUUGGAAGCGUAACACUAACAGCAUCCCUGUGCCUGCUGAGCCCAUUGGAGGCAGCGUGGAGGACCUGGAAGAGACAAAAGAGGAGGAAGCAGAACCAGAGGAGACAGGGGAUUUAUUCCAAGAGAUCUCCCGCUGGGUGGAGAGUACCCAGUCUCGUCUGCACUCGCCCAGUCCCAGUCCCAGUCCUUCUUUGGAGCCACGCUCACCCUCCCGCUACACCUCAUCUCCCCCUCUCCCUCUCUCUCCAACUGACCUCCCAACUCCAGUCUUCCACUACACAAAAGUUUUGCAGCAACCAUCAGCUGAAUAUGAAGAAGACAGACUAAGCCCACUCCCACCUGUCACUUCAUCCUCUAAUUCCCUUCCCUCACUUAAUCCCUCAUCUCCCACCUCUAUGCUUUUCCCUCAGUCUCCCCCCAUAUCACCUCUUUUUCCUCCCCAAGAAUCUCAGCCUCUUUCCUCUACUUCCUCCAUUUCCCAGCCAGUAAACGAGAACUCCUUGCAGUCACUUCCUGUUAAGCAAAAAGAGCGGCUGUUUGAUCUGGACGUGUUCAUAUCCCGAGCACUGAAACUGUGCAGGCAGAAUAAGGAGAAAGCUGACGUGAAGAAAGGGAAAGAGGGAGGGUGGAAGGAAGAAAGCAAGCAGCCGAACGUCAACCGAAAGGUGCCCAGGCUUCCAGAGCACAGGACUCCUCCACCACAGACUCCAAACUCAUGAUGCUGAAUUUCAACGUCAGGUCCACCGCAGUACAGCAUCAUAUUGGGAUAGCACUUCCAAAUGCUCAUUGUGCUUUAAAUAGUGAGGGUUGCUCAUGGUUGAAUAUGCUGCUUAAACAUUAGACCUUAGUGUUAGCAGCAGUUGUCUUUUUGUUACUAUCGCAAUGACAUGCUACACGCUGUGACUAAAAACCCUCACUUAAACAAGCAAUCCUUGCAGCUUUGUCAAAAGGUGCUCUCAGGCAAUAAGAGGUCAGAAAGCAUUUGGGUUUAAACAUAUACAAGCAUACUUAGCAUUGCAGAUAUUGAGGAUUGUUCUACAUGAGAAUACUCAGCUGGUUGAUGGCCGCGGUAUCCCGUGGUUUGCUAUCAUUUGUCAAGUUAAAAAUGAGGCAAACUUUGACUUGAUCUGUUAACCUGUAAACAAGAGAUACCCAGGCUGUAACCUGCUGGAGAGGGAUUUCUUGGUUUGUUUUAGGUUUGUGUCUCUAUACAAGAUCUCUUGCUCUGCGUCAGUCAGUCAGUAAUUUCUCAACAGUCUUCCAAAGGUGAUGUUCACCGAAUAAUGAAAGUGACACAGGAAAUGUUUCAGUAUCCCUGAAUGUAUUAACUGAAAAAUAAUCAGUCAAAUUAUGCUACAUGGUGAACCAUAACAAUUUUAUUUGUUGCUGUUUUAGCACAGUGACAUACUGAGCUCACUAGCGUCACUGCUACAUGCCUUGUAAACUUGUAUAAAACUCUUGUCAUAUUUAAUUCUUUAGUAUAUUUCUCAAGACUGUUGUUGAUGAUAUUCUUGUGUCCGAAUUAUUCUUGUAUUCUUUGUUGAAUGCUAGAGCACAAUUUUAUGUUACUUUAGAGUGAGUUGUAUUUUCUUGAAACGUGGAAUGCUUUAUGGUAGUAAUAAGUGAUUAUUCAACAAACUUUUGCUCUAGUUCAAUCAUAAAAUAGUUUCACAUCCUGUCUGCUUGAUGCACCAAACAAGGUCAUCAUCUGCUGUACCCUUACUGAAAGAUACUAUCCUUUCUGUACUAGACAGCCAGAUAUCUGUCACCCUUUUGGUCACUUAAAUGUUAGCCACAGAAAGCUAUAA